AUGCUUGAAUACAUCGAUAAGAAUCUGCUCUCGGAAUGUCGCCACCUAACGUUGGUCUCAUUCCAGAAAAAUAAGAUCGUGCAGAUUGAACCCGGUUCGUUCGACACAGUCAGCAGUGUGCUGGAGCAUAUUGACCUUAGUCACAACUAUCUGACCGACAUUUCAAACGUUCUGUCGAAUCUGAGCGCCCUCAGUGUCGUAGAUCUAUCGGAUAAUCGUCUACGUACGCUGCAAGAUGAUGCAUUCGAUGGCUCGGAGGCUUUAAUGUUGUUAAAUUUGGAUAAUAAUUUCAUACAAGUCAUUCCAGCUGCUCUGGCGAAGUUACCGCAACUGACAGAUCUGUCGUUGAUUGGAAACAGGCUCAAAACCACUGUUUCCCCUGCCAUCGCUAAUGGAUUCGCUGGUCUGCUACGACUGUAUCUCACUAAUAACUCCAUCUCAACACUUCAGGUCAAACAGUACCCGAUGCUGGUUGGACUUCAUCUAGAAAACAAUCAACUAGAGAGCAUUCCCGAUGACACGUUUGAGACGAAUGUUGACUUAAAAACACUGUAUUUGGCUAACAAUCGGAUCAUGGGAUCACUAGAUCGUUGCUUCCUCCCAGUCCGUCAUCUGGAGAGGCUUCAACUCGAUAGUAACCCGCUUGGCCAUAUUUCUGCCAGCAUGUUCAGUACCCUAACCCAGUUGGAGACACUCAUGCUGAAGAAUACUAGCCUAACGGAGCUGAGAGGUAGUCCAUUCGCUUCGUUGAACAAACUGAGUUUACUGGAUUUAUCCGAGAACCAAAUCGGCGCCAUUGGAUCAACAGAACUCAAGGGACUUGAUUCUCUCGAUGAGCUUUAUUUAAAUAACAACGAAUUUGCUUCUGCCAACUUGAGUGGCUUAUCUGUUCUGGAUGGCGUUAAGUUGUUAACCAUUUCGUAUGGCAAAUGGAAUCCAUCGGCAGAUUUGCUGGUCAAUAAGACCAAAUUGGAAGACCUGUACAUGCAAGGAGCCCAGUUCAGCGUACUCCCAAAUGACUUUUUCAUUUACACCACAAAACUAUCACUCCUGUCUAUCUCCGACAACAAGCAGUUCAACCGACUUCCUAGCACCUUCUUCCAGCAUAUACCGUACCUGAAGGAACUAACGUUGGUGAACAACAGUUUGUCGACGCUCGAGCAAGGAGUAUUCGAUUAUUUGGGUCUGCUGGAGGAGUUGUACAUAAGGGACAACCCACUACGAACACUCCGUUCGGAUCUGUUCGCCAAGACGUAUAGUAUGAAAACGUUGGAAAUAUCGGAAGCCAACCUUACCAGCCUACCGACAGGACUGUUUGAUUCCCUCAACCGUCUAAAGAAGCUCGAUCUGGACAGUAAUCAGCUAUCGAAUCAACUAACAAAUGUAACCUUCCAUGGACUGUACUCGCUAGAAAUUCUGUUGCUGCAGGACAACGGAAUAGAAAGGUUAUCGCCAGGUGUUUUCGAUGACCUAGUAUUGUUGCAAGAAGUCUACUUAGGACAUAACAAGCUGAGCUCCCUAGACUCUCGCCUGUUUGCCAACCUGCGCCACAUGAUGCUACUCGAUUUACCUAACAACAAGUUCUCUACCUUUGAUCUGACUACAUUAUCGUUUGCAAGUCCGCUUCCGGUGCUAAAUCUGGAUAACAACGGUUUAAAGACGAUCAAGAUCACACCAACGUUGAACAAAUUGUCAGUGGAUAACAACGAAUUGAGCUCGAUCGAGGUUGAUCAAACUGACGAAUCCAUUAGCAUGCUUAUCAUGCUUUCGGCCUCCCAUAAUCGUUUCACAACGGUCGAAGCCUUUACCAAAUUCCCCGCAAUGUCGGAGCUGGACGUGUCGUUUAACCGAUUUGAAACCCUUGAUUUGGCGUUACUGACGAGGAAAAUGUUUUCGCUGAUAGAGCUGAACGCAUCCGAUAGCUACGUGAAACAUCUUGGAGUAACAUACUUCCAGCCUCAAUUUUCGUUAAUUCACUUGGAUAUUUCCAACAAUAAUCUGACUCGCAUUAGAGAUUUAGGUGAGCUCAGGUACCCAUUCCUGGAGAAUAUCAUUUUGGGUGGUAACCAGUUCGAAAGGUUCUUACUAGAGGAGGUGACCGAACAGUUCCAGAUGCUGCGAAUGAUUGGGCUCGAGGGCAAUCAAGGCAGCUGGAGUUGCGAGCUCAUUCGCGGGCUGGAUCUGGACCGUUUCUAUCUUAAUCUGUGGCGCAAACCAGAGUUGAAAGAACAACAACAAACGUGCGCGAAGCAAGAAAAGGGCAUCUGCUGUCUUUAG